AAGGGAAGAACUUUUUGUCAUCGCGCAGGUCUCUUCAGUUUGAGAGAAUCGAAGCGCUACAAGUGGUUGUCUGCAACUGCUGACUGAAGGACUGUUUGUUUGUUUUUAAAACAGCGCAAACAUUUCGAGUUUACUUUUCUCUCCCAUGAUUGAGGUAAUGACCACGUUACACACCAACUCGUAAUUUAAUCCCUGUGGUUCGAAGCGGGUGUGUCUUCUGUGUUUUUAUUAGUUAAUUAGGAACACUUGGUGCGUUCGGCUUCGCCUUUAACAGGCGACAGAGGCUGUGACUGUUUAGUUAUCCAUUUUUAAAUUUGAUUCAUUUUGAACUGAGACACUUUCAAAGUUCCAAACAAUGUAUAGCAUGAUGGAACACGAGCUGAAGCCUUCUGGGCAACAACAACAACAGCAGCAGCAGCACCACCACCACCAAACGGCCCAGGGCAUGUCCCCGGUUACUGGAAACAUUGGCAACUCUCACCUGGGGUCCAAAUCCGUGUGCCCUCCGGGCGGGGACCCAAUGGACAAGGUCAAAAGGCCCAUGAAUGCCUUCAUGGUGUGGUCCAGGGGCCAGCGCCGCAAGAUGGCCCAGGAGAACCCCAAGAUGCACAAUUCUGAGAUCAGCAAGCGGCUUGGCGCGGAGUGGAAGCUGCUGACCGACGCCGAGAAGCGGCCGUUCAUCGACGAAGCCAAGCGCCUCAGGGCAGUGCACAUGAAGGAUUAUCCCGACUACAAGUACAAGCCACGGCGCAAGACCAAGCCCCUGCUCAAAAAGGACAACCAGAUGGCGAAGUACCCUCUCUCCGCCGGGAACCUGCUGGCUGCAGCGGCCGCGCAGGGCCAAGGUGGGAGCGCCAGAAUGGAGAGCUACGGGUGGGGCCCGGCGGGAGGUUACGCUGGGAUGCAGAACGAGGCCCUCGGCUACACUCAGCAGCUGCACCGCUAUGACCUGUCCGCGCUCCAGUAUCCCCAGGCCAUGACUGCAGCACAGACGUAUAUGAAUGGAGCCAACACCUACAGCCCCAUGUCCUACAGCAGCAGCACCCAGCAGCCCAGCCCAGUCAUGUCCAUGGUGAAGGCAGAGCCAGUAUCACACUCCCCGACUGGUGGACCUAACCACCACCGCGGGCCUCUCCAAGGGGACCUGAGAGAUAUGAUCAGUAUGUACAUCCCCGGUGGGGACGCCAGUGACCCGGCCGCCCAGAGAGGAGGCUACAGUGUCCAGCAACACUAUCUCAGUGGGACCGUUCCCCUCAGUCAUAUCUAGGGACCAGUGGGGGUAGUGACUGGGACUGAUGUUGGGUGUGCCCGGACACAAGUUAAAACGCACCCCCGGAACUGAACACCACAGCCUUAGACACACUCAUUAUGGUUCCGUGUUGCAUUAAAAACAGCAGUGACUUUAUAGGAAAGGUUAUUUUUCUACCUCUGCAAUUUUAAAUAGAAUCCCUUCGUCCACCCCAUCCCGUCCCAAGACUGGGUGGUUUGUUCAUUCUCCCAUCCACUGUUUGGAUGGAGACCUGUCCCUUCUCUUUGAACUAUGAAGGACUGCUGUAUUGUACAUACGAUCUUUACUUCUCUCCAUGAUGACAAUGUUUGUUUGUGUACAUAUUAUAUUUUUUUUCUCUUUGACAAAACUGACCUUGACAUCCACAAUCUUGGUUCAGAAACUCCAAGGCUCUAUGUAUGUUUCAAGACUCCAUAAUGUUCACAACAUUCCAUUGUAUUCUCCUACUGGCACGGUAGCGUUUGCCCCUUGGGUUGAUGGGUAAUCAUCACGACCUAAACCAACCGGGAUGGAGACACGACUUCUCUCAAAUGGCACCCUAUUACCCAUCAUGCAUAAAUUAGGAUCUGAGCACUGUGGGCCCUGGUCAGAAGUAGUGCACUAUAAAGGGAAUAGGAUGCCAUUUGGGAUGCAAGCACAAAACCCACAAUGGAGGGGCCCCACCACAGGAACACAACACACUGGGAACUGGGUUAGCCAAUCAAGGUCCUCCAAAGGCCAGUGACAUACAAAUCACAUGACCUGCCACAAGGCUUGAAAAGAUUCUGAUUCCAGAACUGGGGGUGUGUGUGGCCCAAUGGGGCCUCUCUCAGAACGGAUCAUCUCAAAUCAACUAGAUGCCUACUAGUGACGUGAACUAGAUGGAGAAAUGCACAUAACUUGAAUGAAGUGACUUAUUUUUUUAUAUGUAUGUAUGGCCUCUUUGUUAUGUGCUCUUGUUUUUAAAGCCAAUCCGAUCCCAUAGGAUGACAUGGUAUAGUCUGUUGUCCAAUCUCAUGAGUUCACUGAAUACAAUAGAAAACAGUACAUGAAAUUAUUUUAACUCCUGUUUAGUAGCUGCAACUGUCCAAACCACAUACCAAUGCAUUUUAGUUUAGUUUGAGUAUAAAAUGUUUAACAUAACAGCAUGGUUUAAAGUUAACAUUACGCCUUGUUCCUGCAAUGAGUUUUAAUGAACCAUAUUAUUGUUUGUUAGUCAACUAUUUUGACCCUUUUUUUUGUAAAUGUUUGGAGUUACGCUGCUGGCAAAGUCCUAAGUUGCUAUACUGCUUACUGUUCAAAUACGCACUGUAUUCUGCAUUUAAACUUUGUUCAUAGAACACUCUUAACUGUUAUACAAAUUCUGCAUUCCAUUCCGUUUACUUCAGCUCAAAGUUUUAGCUAGAUGUUUUUUACCAAAUACAUGUUAAUAAUGUUCUCUAGUUUGGCAACUGUGUAUGGAUUUCUACUCAUUAGACUUGUUCAACCAAGCACUGUUAUGACACACUGCCUGGGCAACUAACAGUGGAGAAUACACUUAAUUUUAUUUUACAAUAAACUUCUGUUAUCCAACUUCUCAUGUUUUGUAUUUGAGCUGUCAGUUGUCUGCUUGAGGUAUUUUCAGAUACCGUGUAACAUUUUCCUAUAAACUCCUUUUGUAGAAUAAUCUCAAGUUGCUUGAACAAGACUUAGGGGGUGAUGGUUAACAUUCCUUCAUUUGACAGCCCCUGCUAACCCACAUUUCUGAUAAUUUAGUCGACCAGUGCUGCUUAAAGUUUUUUUUAUAUAUAGUAAAAAUGUCUGUUUGAUAGAACUUGUCAUGUUUUGACAGUCUCCUAGUAUUGUGCAAUACAAACAUGAACUUGGUUGCAUUGAAAUUGAAAUUAGUACCUAAUAACUUUUAUAAGUCGAGGUAGGGUUCAUUUAAAUAAUUAAACACUGUUUACAUUGCAAUCCAAGUGUGUUAAACUGAACUUUAUUCUGUUUUAGUUUUUUAUUUAGGUCAAUCCUGUGUGUGUAUAGUGAGGAAAAAGGCUUGCAACUUGAUGUGUAUAGAUAUUUUUAAGGCCCUGAUACUAAGGUUUUACAUUUUUUUUAAACUCAUGUUCACAUGUGGCAAGGAUGACAAGUAUUAAUAAAAAUUACAACUCUG